AUGGCGACAAAACCCAAGGUUGUUUUAACCAACAGUGAUCUCUUCUUUGAUCGGCUCGAGAAAAUGUAAGCGAAAACAGAAAAUUAAGCCCAAAGUACAUUGGUAAAUGAGUUCCUUUAAUUUUUCUGACUUGUUUUGGAAAUUCUUUUAGCGCGGAUGUCGCCUGUUACCGUGAGACAAAGCAAGCGCCUCGCGAAUGGGUAAAAGAGCAACUUCAGGGCGCCGUGGCAUUGUACGGAAAGGGGCCACUGAAGAUUGAUGCAGAUCUCCUUGAUCACGGUAGGUUUUCUAGAGGCGACGUCAUCAGAUAAAUAUUUCCUUAUGUUUGCGGCAUGACAAAUAAUUGUUAUCGCUUCAGGACCAAAUCUAAAGUAUGUGGUGACAAUCUCCGUGGGCUACGAGAAUAUUGAUGUUGAGGAAUGUAAGAAGAGGUAAGCUCGAUAACAAUAUCAUAUACAAUACAAUUGAUAGCAUUUUUUGUACCCUGAGAUGCUUUCCAAUUUGUUUUUCACGUCUCGGUUUACUCUUUCAUCUCUUCAUGUCUUCUACAGAUUAACUUUCCUUUUCAGAAAAAUCCGAGUAGGUUAUGCCGGAGGACUUUUGGCUGAAGCAACCUCUGAGACGGCGUUGACUCUUCUCUUGACAACGUCCCGUCGAAUUCCCGAAGCCUUGGAAGCCGCGAAAACGGGAGCUUGGUCCAAGGAAUGGGCUCCAUUUUGGAUGUGUGGAAAAGCGCUAACUCAAACCACUGUUGGAAUUCUUGGACUGGGCCGGAUUGGCGAAGCCGUGGCCAAGAAAAUCGAAGCUUUUAGUCCGGCCAAAAUCAUUUAUCAUAAUCGAAACAAACGGAGCGAUUGUAAGCUGAUGUUUAAUUAGAGUUUAUAUUUGGUCUGUCGUAUUUUAUAAUUUAAUUUAUAAUAGAUUUUUACUUUUCGUAUUUCUUUGCAGUGAAAUACGAGUAUGUCGCAUUUGACGAGCUUCUAAAACAAAGCGAUUUCCUGAUUAUCACCUUGUCUUGUGGGCCAGAUGUGGAAGGGCUUUUCGAUGCAAAUGCCUUCAAAUUGAUGAAGAAUGAUUCGAUUGUCAUCAAUGUCGCGAGGUAAGUGAUCACAAACAUUUAGUUGAAAAAUCCGUUUUUUACAGAGGAAAGGUUAUCAAGACUGAUGAUUUGUACGAAGCUUUGAAGAACGGGACAAUCGGAGCAGCUGGACUGGACGUUACUGAUCCAGAACCCCUCCCUCCAACGCAUCCAUUGUACAGCUUGAAGAAUUGUGGUACUACUUUUUGAUAAUCCUCUUUUUUUAGUUUUAAAAUGCGCAAAGACGUUUAAUUUCGUUUUAUUUUCAGUGAUUUUUCCGCACAUUGGCUCAGCAAAUCAUUAUACCCGCAAUGCCAUGUUAAAAUUGGGCGAGCAGAAUGUGAUCGAUGCAUUGGAAGGAAGGGAAAUGACCUCGCCGUUGAUCUGA